AUGGCAGAAUCCCAGCCAAAGAAAAGAGCAUUCCGUAAGUACACUUAUCGUGGAGUUGAUCUUGAUGACUUGGUGAAGAUGGAAAAAGAAGAUUUCCUAAAGCUUCUAGGCUGCAGACAAAGAAGAAGGCUUCUGAAUAGAGAGGUUCCUCACAAAUAUAUCCGCUUUUACAAAAAAUGUGUGGCUGCAAAGAAAGAUACCCAAGUAGGAGAAAAGCCAAAACCAGUGAAGACACAUCUAAGAGAUGCAAUCAUUUUGCCAGAAUUAGUUGGCUCUGUGGUUGGAAUUUAUAAUGGAAAAUCUUUUGUACCAGUUGAAAUCAAACCAGACAUGAUUGGACACUACUUACUCCUUUGCAAACUAGCAAAAAAUCUCUAAAGGAGUUCUUUUUAAAUUUAUAAAAAUUCCUAUAGAAAAAAUCGAUAAGUAAAAAUAAUUUAAUUUAUAAAAUUUAUAUUUAGAAUUCAAUUUGUUCAACAGAGUUAUAUUUAUUAUAAUAAUUAUUGUUCAAAUAUCAAAAGUUAUUUCAUAAUGGAUUUUAUAUUAAAAAUGAUUAAAGAGCAAAGUUUAUUUUUCGUUUAGUUUUUGCUUACUUAUAGAGGCAAUUUAGCAGAAUUUUCACUUACAUAUAAGCCAGUUAAGCAUGGAAGGCCAGGUAUUGGUGCUUCUAAAGGUUCAACUGCAGUUGAUCUUAAGUAA